AUGCGAGGUGACACCUCAGUUAGCUGUGGCACCGACCUCAAUCAUCGCCUGCAGAACAUUACCAUGUCGUCGUCGCCGAAGCUCAUCGGCAACAAUCGGGAGGAUGAAGUAAAUUGCCGUCACGUGUACAACAACUUUCUGGGCGAUUCGAGAAAGCCGCAGCCGCAACCGCUGCCGUCCCCGAACUUCAGGUCGUCGUCCUUCAACAUAUCUGAGAUGUUCGUGGAGCCCGUUGACGAAGAGGUGACCUCGACCUUGCACGUUGCGAACGCGCUGCACACGAACUCGUCUGAUGGUGAACGGCCCUGGACGACGUUCGCUGUGCAGCGUCUUCACCUUCUUCGCGCGAUUGCAUCUGUUUUCAAAUACCUUGUCACGUUUGUCGACUUCUUGCUGUUGCGGCGAGGAGCGCAACUUCCGCCAAUCAGCCUUUCAAAUGUUCGUCAUUCGUUGAAUUCGCUGCCGCCGAGAAGCAUCGAUGGACAUGUGCAGCAUCUGUUCCUUCCCUCCACCUCACAAUCAGUUUCACUGCCUCACUCGGCGCCCCGCUGUUCUUUAUUUGACGUAUGCUUCUGUGCUCCAAAUUUGCCGUCGCUCAUGCAGCCGGUGUUCAUGGCGCUUGAGAACGUGACCUACCGGCGGGUGACUUUGGAAUCUGCUUAUGACUUCGCUCUGGCACUGGUCAUAUGCGGUUGCGACGUUAUGCUCACAGUUUGCCUUAACAGCAACAAUAGGUGUCUUUUGCGGUUCAGAAGAUUGACCGUGUCACGAGUAAUUUUGCGCUAUCCUGGUCCGGCACCGCGACGCCAUCCAGGUGGCAUAAGCGAUGUUCUCAUCUGUUUACUGAUGGUACCCGUAGCCGGCGAUCUGGAUCUUCCAUCGGUUCUGUCGUCCACUGUUCGGGAACAAGAUUGCAUGAUGAAAAGAUUUCAUCGACGUAACACCCGAUCCUUCCGUCACAGUUUGCCGUAG